GAGAAGCUGCUGAAGAUGUUUGUUCUCCCGCACUUUUUUCAGAGGAUGACACAUUUUAAUUCAGUGGUCCAAUGUGCUGAGAGGGCUGCCAGGUCGCCUGUGGACCACUGUUCUGCCACGGGGUACAAGGGAGCUAAAUGAGUGCUCAGUGUCCAGCCAGCACGCAGGUUCACAAGACGGACAAGGAUCCAGUCCAACCUGGAGAAGCAUUUCGAGUCCCACACCAAGUGGACCCACAGCUCUGACUAGAUGCAAACCUCAGUAUCUCCAAGGACAAAUCCACUCCGAAUUAAUCUGUCAAUAAAGAAGUUGAACUGCUCUCUGAGAACUCUUUUCAAUAAAAACAUUUGCAACAUCGACAGCUACUUGCAACCUCUAGGGGUCGUCCAUAACACACCGCGUCAUCUGGUGGAACACUUGCGGUGAAGUCAAAUCAACCUGUGUAAUGACGAUCCGUCAACCAGCACAAUAAUAAAUAUACUGUUUAAGAACAACAAGAUCGCACGUAUGUUCUGAAAAGGAAAAAAAAACUGGACACUCAGUCAGCCGAAGGACAGUUGACAGAUGAUGUUGAGCGGAACCAUUGUUCUCGCCAGUGUUUCCACACGGACAAGCUUCGUCGCGAACAUGGCCGCUCAUGCGCGGACUGCUUGGAGAGUCCUAGAACUAUGUCCGAGGCAGCUGCUGAGUCCCGGACCUUCACACUGGCCCCUUAGGAACCAACUGGUCAGAGGUCUGUCAGCGCCGAGGCUCAAACAGAAGGAGGAAGAGAAGGCGGUGAAGAAGGAGAAGAGGGUCAUCGAUGACGCUGGUCGACACAAACCGUAUGGCCGGACAGCAUGGACGCCGGUGGACGACGUCUACAUCAAGAGGUUCUACCCGAGAACCAUCCACAGCGCUGCUACUGCCAUUGACCUGCUGAAGAGCUACCAGCUGCUGGACUUCACGCCGGCACACCAGCCGCUGUACGUGGACCUGAAGCUGGACAUGAAGCUAGAGAAGAAGAAAACAGUGGACGCCUUCGUCAGCACCGUCACCCUUCCACACCCAUUCUCCAGUGAGGCCAACAGAGUCGCGGUCUUCACUGAGGAUCCCGCUCAGGUGGAAGUCGCUCUACAGAACGGAGCCGCCUUUGCUGGAGGAGCCGACUUGAUCCAGCAGAUCCUGGAUGAUGAGGUGGAUGCCGACUUCUUUGUGGCUGUUCCCGACAUGCUGUCCAAACUCACACCACUGAAGAACAAGCUGAGGAAGAAGUUUCCAAAGAGCAACAGAGGUUCUGUUGGAAUCAACAUUCCUAAGAUGGUGCGGUUGUUCAGGACGGGUCACGAGUACAUGGUGGAGGACGGCUGCUACAUUCGCACUCAGAUCGCCAUGCUGGACUUCCCUCAGGACCACAUCCUGGAGAACCUUGAGACGGUUCUGACCGACGUGGCUUCACACCGACCAGCACACUUUGGUCCGUUCAUCCAGCGGGGCGUGAUCGCCAGCCACACCAGCGAAGGUCUGUGGUUCAACUGCCAGGAGCUUCUGCCAGAAUCAGCCGAGCAGUGACUUCAUGUUUCACUAUCUCUGUGUCAAUAAAGUUUUUGUGUCUGAC